AUUUGUAUGGCUAUAAGAUGAAUAUAUGUAGCAACGAUAAUAGUGUGUGAAAACCUGCCUGUCACAAACUGUGAAUGAUCGCGAAAGGUAAGCCAAGAAAAAUAUGACGUAAACCCAGAAAAGAGUUCCCUAAAACAAAGGACGGCCGCUUUAAAAGGUGAUGGAACUGAAAAUCUCGGCAAAGGAAUGGAAGACUCGCAGAAACCCACUUGGCCACACGAGCAUCGAAAUCAUUCAUAAGGGACAACGGACAAGGAUAACAGUGUCAGACUCUGUAGUUGAAAUCUCUCUCCAUUUCCUCAACUUGGAUCUCUCUUUCUGACACUCCUCUGAAGAGGAACAUCAUCUGUCAAGAACAUCCACACACUUCUCCUAUCCCAUUGCUCCCUUUGAUCCCUCAGAUCUUCGACCAUCUCUGCCAUAUUGAAUCUUCGUGUUCUCUUACAGCUAUCUCUGUUCCUCACAUAUCCCACACCCUCUUACCCAGUUAACCCAUCCAGCUCAGAUCCAAGGUACACGCGAUGGAGUAUCACCACUCCAUAUCGAUAUUCUUUGUACUUGCAUGCUAACUAUGUAAAUCUCACCAAGUUCAGUCCAUACCCAUUUGUUCAUUUCUGAUGGGUAUAUAGCUCCCUGGUCUGAGAUCGUGUCUUUGGGUGAUAUAAAUGCAAAGGAAAAAAAGAUAAACAUUUUCUUAGAUUGACGAAUUGCCAGGAGAAAUGGUUAAAUCAUGCUGGAAACCAUCUGUGGAAGGUGAAGAUGGAGAAGGGAGCGGGAAGGUUGACGGGUUGUUAUGGCAUAAGGAUUUGGGCAACCAUGUGUAUGGGGAUUUCUCAAUGGCUGUAGUUCAGGCCAACGGUUCAUUGGAGGAUCGAAGUCAGCUUGAAUCUGGACCCUUCACUUCAAAUAUUGAUAACAAUAUGGGUUCUCAAGGAACCUUCAUAGGUGUUUACGACGGUCAUGGUGGAUACGAGGCCUCCCAGUUCGUCACCGACAAUCUCUUCUCCAAUCUCAAGAGACUCGCAGGUGAAGAAGGAGGUGUGUCCGAGAAUGUCAUAAAGAGGGCAUAUUGUGCAACAGAAGAAGGAUUUCUGUCCAUGGUGAAGAGAAAGUGGAUGAGCAAGCCAGAGAUUGCAUCCACAGGGACGUGUUGUUUAGUGGGGAUAAUCUGCAAUGGGAUGCUAUAUAUUGCAAACUCCGGAGACUCUCGAGUGGUGCUAGGAAGAAUGGAGAGGGCUACAAGAGAAGUAGCAGCUAUUCAGUUAUCUGCAGAACACAAUGUUAACAUAGAAAUGGUGAGAGAUGAAGUUCGAUCAAAGCACCCCUUUGAUCCACAAAUCGUGGUGCUCAAACACCAAGUUUGGCGCGUCAAAGGCCUCAUCCAGGUUUCGAGAUCCAUAGGCGAUGCAUAUCUGAAAAAGGCAGAAUUUAACAGAGAGCCUCUGCCGUUGAGGUUUAGAUUGGCCGAACCAUUCUUCAAGCCUAUUCUUAGCUGUGAGCCGUCAAUAUCAACGCAGAAACUCCAUCCUGACCAUCAGUUUCUCAUAUUUGCUUCAGACGGUUUGUGGGAACACCUUAGCAAUCAAGAAGCUGUUAACAUAGUCAGCAAUUACCCACGUAAUGGAAUAGCGAGGAGGCUGGUGAAAGCAGCGAUGAGAGAAGCAGCAAAGAAGAGAGAGAUGAGACUGGCGGACCUGGAAAAGAUAGAAGCAGGGGUGAGGAGGCACUUCCAUGAUGACAUAACAGUAGUAGUUGUAUUUCUAAACCCCAAACUCAUUGAAAAUAAUUCUCCCUGGGGUUCUCCUCUUUCAAUCAGAGCAGGUUGGCCCGCCAAUCCAUAGCCCAAAUGAUCCCCUUCAAUCGCUGUUUGAGAAUUGUUGUACAAAGCAGAUAUAUAGAUUGUUUCCUUUCGCAUCGCACUCCCACAAGUGCAGCAUCUA